CUUCAGAAACUUUCUUCCUCUUGUGUGAGCUUGUGGAACAAAACUUCAACAUGCUCACAACACAGCCAAGCCUCGAUACAAGGUGAAGCUGUAGCAACCUGCAUCAUGGCUGAGCCCACGUCAUCUGGCGACAGCUUCUCGGUUCUUCCAAUAUCUAUUCCACCUCUUCCUUCAUUUCCAUUCCCUGCCACCCAUCAUGUCUUCCUGCGCAGAAAUGCCAAGAUCCUCACAGCAGAAGACUCGAGAAGCCUCUUCUUAGUCAAUGUCCCUGUAGACAGUACAGAAGCACACUUCAGAGCCGUAUUUGCCAGCUUGGUGGGUGCUGGCCGAUUCGAAGGCAUCACAUUUGAGCACGACAAGAGAGCUACCAAUUCGUCCAUCGAGCCAGCCCAGGCUGCGAGGUUAGCCGCCCACUCUAAGAAACGGAAGCGGGAAGAUGAAGAAGCCCAACGAGCCCAGGAGGAAGCUGCCGCUCAGCUGCCUCCCGCAUGGUCUCGACCCUUGCACAGAAGCGGUAGCUCCGCUGUCGUCUUACUUGCCGAUGAGAAGAGCGUCGAGUCAGUCCUCAAAGCCGUUAAGAAGUUACAGAAGUCCAAGAAGUUUCCAGUAUGGGGCGAAGGAGUUGGUGAUAAGGCUCCCCCACUUGGACCACAAUGGCUGAAGGCACACAACAAGCUGUCGUAUCCAGGCAGCGAUGCCAUGCAAGCAUCAGUAGAUGCGUACUUUACACUAUACAACAAGAAGGAGGUCGAGGCUGCCGACCUGGCCAAGCGUAUGCGUAAUGAGCCCGACGAGGAUGGCUUCAUCACUGUCACUCGCGGUGGUCGCAUAGCACCCGCAAAGCAGGCAGAGGCUGAAGAGGCCAAGAGAAGAAUGCUGGAGAGAGAGCAAAAGAAGAGGGAUGCAACACAGAACUUCUACCGUUUCCAGCUGCGGGAGAAGAAGAAGGCGGAGCAGGCAGCAUUCUUGAACCGCUUCCAGGAAGACAAGGAGAAGCUCAGGAUGAUGAGGGAAAGGAGAGGCAACUUCCGACCAGACCGCUGAGAGAUGCGUCGAGCAAAAGAAUUUGGCCAAAGAAUAUACCCAAUGCCGUGGCGUUAAUGCACAGCUCUGGAUGUGCGUAUGAUAUGGGCAAAAGAUUGGAUAUCACAUGGACGGAC